AUGGCUUCCCUCGCAAGAAAUAAUGCCUUUGGUUGCCACAGUCCCAGUUGGAACCUUGCAUUUCCUGACGGCCAGUUGACGGCCAUUGAGAUUCUGGCAUAUCUGCCUCAUUGGCUCAAAUCAGUUGAUGUUAUCGAUCGUUUUGUUGCAAAUGGGGGAAAAUCAAGAGUCAUUGCUGCCAUUAUCAACGAAUUCCGCGAUCAGCCUACAGGGGCCAUCUUUCAGGCCAACUCGGCGCAGAUAAUGAUGUCCUUUGCGAUGCGUCGUGCUGGUUAUGUUGAUUGGACUGUUGGAACGUCUCAUGAGUGGGCGCGAGCUGUCAACAAAGAAGAGGGUGAUCUCAGUGUCACUGACUUCCGCACGCCUCGCAUCACGCAUCCCAAACACAUCUCAAAGACCAAGAAACCACUUCACGAAGCUGCUCAGAAUGAAGCAGCCGGACCAGUUGCCUUCAAGGAUCUGGCCUUACACGUAAAAAAGCACCCUUCUGGUGAAGACGCUCUCGACCUUUCCCGUUGUGUACGGUAUGCACUUGAACAUGCAGACGAGGAUUGGCUAUUUCCUGACCAUUUCGCGAUUCUCACCCAUCGCCUAGGUGGCCCAGCCCGCGUCACACACUCUCACCUCGACCGACAGGCGUUUGCUCGCCGCGAAAUUCUUUUCGCUUCUCCUUGUCGCACCUCCACCCUCACCGACGCACCACGUCCUAAGGCUAUGCCAACACCACGCAUAGCUCGCGCAAUCGAAGAAGCCGUUGUAGGAUUCCAACCAGGCAAUUCUGCCAAUUCCAAUCGGAAACGUAAGCUAGGUGCAGACUCCAGCAAAAUGGCUACCAGCAACAAGAGGAGGAGCAGCAGGCUCGUUGGCAAAAACAUCAACUUUCGCGAGGAAUCAGAUGUAGAGGACGUGGAUGAGAGUUACCUGCAGUCGCCAUACUCUAAGAGAUAUGCCACAUCAGCCAAAACACGUAGGCUAGGUCGCUCGCCCUCGAAUGACAGUGACUUUGUCGGUGGAGCUUCUGAACCUGACGAGGACAUCCCCGAAUCGGAGGUGGCUUCUGGUGAUGAUGAGACUUCACUUACACCCAAACUCCGUCGCAUGGCAGCUCAGAAGGCGCGCAAGGGUAUGCAGUCGGCCUUUGUCGGUGAAAGCAGUCACACAUCAACCAUGAGCAAAGGGAAAGCCAAUGUCUUGCUGCCAGCUGCUCAGCCAGCAUACAUGUCUACAGUCGUUCGUCCCGAAGUCCUGAACGUGGCUAAGAAAUUCGCCUUUCGCCGCCCAGUUUGGCUGGCCCCGCCUAUCCUCUCAGCGAACCGUCUCAAGGUCGACUCCUCUAGCCUCCGUCUUUAUGCUGCCGAGGAUUGCACCACUGAAUCUGAGAUGUGGUUUUCUGCGCUCUCAUGCUACCGCUUCUAUGGCCCGCGUCGACACCCGCCCUUCCGUGAAUUACACCGCUUGACCGACCCCAACGAAAGUGACUCCAGCGACUGGGCUGAGAAUAUCCGUUGGGCCAAGGAGCAAUGCCGCGCGUUUGGAAGCGACACUUGGACCGAGUACGACCACCAUCUCGAGACGAUCACUGAGCACAGGAGGGAGAGCAUGUGGGUCAGUGAGGAGACCAUUAAGGCUGGCAUGUAG